AUGAUGCUAGAGACAGUAGCUGCAGUACCGGGAAUUGUCGGAGGAAUGCUCCUCCACCUAAGAUCAAUCCGUAGAUUCGAGCAUAGCGGCGGCUGGAUCAAGGCGUUGCUCGAAGAAGCUGAGAACGAGAGGAUGCAUCUAAUGACAAUGAUGGAGUUGGUCAAACCGAAAUGGUACGAGCGUCUUCUAGUGAUGCUUGUCCAAGGGAUUUUCUUCAACUCUUUUUUCCUUUGUUACGUGGUUUCGCCGCGAGUGGCUCAUCGGAUCGUCGGGUAUCUAGAAGAAGAAGCUAUACAUUCUUACACCGAGUUUCUUAAAGAUAUUGAUGAUGGAAAGAUCGAGAAUGUUGCGGCGCCGGCGAUUGCGAUUGAUUAUUGGAGAUUGCCUAAAGAUGCUACGUUGAAAGAUGUUGUUACUGUGAUUCGUGCUGAUGAAGCUCACCACCGAGAUGUCAACCAUUUUGCUUCCGACAUUCGCAAUCAAGGAAAGGAAUUGCGAGAAGCAGCAGCUCCGAUUGGUUAUCACUAG